AUGUUGUCUAACAUAUUUUUUUUUAAAAAUUUAUUGUGCCUUUACGUCGAUCGCAUACAGGUUUUCGGAUCACCAUCAAGGAGAGAAUUUCCUAUCAUUUCAAAUUGGACUACGUCCACUUUGUUGAAAAGGCAAAAGAAAGAAUUGGUUAACAGUUACUUUGGUGGUGGAAGACUUAGAACACCGAUUAAGCUUCCUGAUGAAUAUCAGAUUCAGCAUGAAACGGAUGGGAGGAAUUUGGCAGACGAACAGCCGAAGAAAUCAAGUACAGAUGGAUAUGGACAACAUAUCAAUCUGGGACUGAGAAUCAUGCAAGAAGCAGUAGCAAUAGCAGUAGAGAACGCAUCUAGGAUUGAGAAUUUUAAAAAAUUGGUGAGCACGGCAACGACUUUGGAUUUGAAUGACCAGACGUUUAAGGAUAACGUCAUAACAGCUUGUAAGAUGUUGAGAAUCGAGAUCAAUAUCAAUGAAUUGAGUAAAGCUCAAGAUGAGACAAACAUUGGGGUGGAUAAAAAUCAAGAUCAGCAACUUGAUUCGAAUGACAUGUCCAUUAAGGAUACCGGUAUGCCAGCUUCUGAUAUCAAUGAAUUGAGUAAAGCUCAAGAUGAGACAAACAUUGGGGUGGAUAAAAAUCAAGAUCAGCCACUUGAUUCGAAUGACAUGUCCCUUAAGGAUACCGGUAUGCCUGCUUCUGAUAUGUUGGGAGUUGAGAUGAAUAUCAAUCCAGUAGAAAAAUCUCAAGAUCCGGCUAACAUAUUUCUGUAUGAUGAUCCAAUAUUCGAAAGCGAAUUAGUUGAUCUUGUGGACAAAGCAUCUGCCGAGUCUGAUACUUCGAAGACAAAGCACUUCGAGUGUGCUUUUGAUAUUCCCAUGUUUGAUUUGCACUUCACUCCUCUAGACCCGACAAAGGAACAUGAUAACACAUAUCAACAGAAGGAAUCUUUGGAGGUGGCUGGAAUUGAGCGGAACGAUGGAUACCAGACAAUGACGGGGAAUAACGUCAAGGAUGUCCAUGCAAAUAAUGUGGAUGUGUCGAAGAUCAAAGAAAAACCUCUAAGGGACAAGGAUACAAGCUCGGCGGAUCUGGGAUUGAAUAAGGAUAGUGAUAUGCAAAAAGCUGUUGAGGUUAAGAAUAACAAAGGCAAUGAGCCUUUAACUUAUAUUAGUGCAUACGGAGUUAGAAUCAGGGGAAAGCCGGCAGCAAGUAUAGGAUCCCCUUUGGGUGAUGUUGGAAAGGGGAAAGAAGCAAGCUCUGGUAAGAACGUGGGAGUGCCGAAAGAUGAUCAGACGGCUAGAGGGACUGAUGCAGUGGUACUUCAAAAGAAGACAAGUUCAGGUGGUGAUCGUUUGCCACUAAUCCCAGUUAACUCAAAUAUCAUGACUGGAACAGCACGUAAUACCAUCACUUCAAAGAGGACAAUGUUGGCGAAAGGAGCAAAAUUUCGAUCACCAUUUUGUCAAAGGGAAAUUUCAACAACGAAGAAUCUAACCAAAUGUGAGAAGGAGUUGGGUAUAUACGCUAUGUACAAAGACACGCGUGAUUGGAAGGAGGUAUUGUUCGGAUUCAAAGAUACAGAGGUUAAUCGUUUUAACAUGCUAUCAAUGAGGACGGGUUCCCCAAUAGCGAAUGAUAUUGUGAACGCGUGGGCAAUUAUACUGAACGAUAGAGAAAAUUUUCGAUCAGAUUUGUCUCCAUUGCGAUUUUUUGCCAGUACCAAUUUAUAUGUGGACUGUAUUGAAGCCAAUGGAAUAUCAUACGACAAUCAGAGAUCCACAUUCUUUAUUUUGAUGACCAUGGAGAUACAAGAGUACCACCAAAACAAAAUAAACCUCAUAGAUAUGUACUUUUUCCCAGUAUACAGAAAAGGUUUAUACUAUGCCGUGUGUGUGGAUCUUCGGAAGGGACGUGUGUUUGUGUUGGAUAGUGCACUGGACAUUACUGCUAAUGAAGAAAAUGACAUAUAUGAGGAAGUGUGCAAUACUUUUAAAAAACUUUUGUCGGAUUUACUAAAAUACAAUAAUGAAGAGCAGAAAGCAAAAAUAGUGAUGAAUUCAAAGAUGCAUGUUGUGAAGAUGAAAUGGGCAGAUCCACAUAACACUAUAGAUACUGGCUUGUAUCUAAUGAGGCAUUUGGAGAUGUUUAUGGGCGACGCGAGUGCUAGUUGGAAGUGUCAGUUCUUAUCGACACCGCAAAGACAGUUGCGGAUAAUGCGUGUACGUUAUGGUGCGGCAAUGAUCAAUUGGGAUGGCAAUAAAGUGAAAGGGAAUAUUGUGGUUCAAGCAUCAAGAGUUUAUCAGGACUUAAGUAAAAAGCCAGAGUUCGACGCCGACAACCUGUUGCUUAAUUGAUUCUAUUAUGAUUCUGGUUUUCGAGAUUUUUUUUUUUCAAUUAAGUGUGCAAUGACUCAUUAAAUUGCACUGAUUAUUCUUUGUUUACACUUUGUUUACAGACUGACACUUUGAUGUUGAAUUUGGUUUUGAUACUCACUAUUUUAAAAUAUGAAUGGAAA